GCACACUAGUACUGCCCCCCACCCUGAAGCAUGGAACAUGCGAUUAUCACAUAGCCUGGCCUGUGCAUAUUGGAUGAAGCCAUAUUGUCACAGCUACGGUAUGCCGUUAUACUAUGCGGUCUGCUCUUUGCUGUUUGACAGAUAAAGCAUGUAUGUCAUUUUUGCGUAUUCAUAUGUUUUUUUCGGUUCUGUGGCAUCUUUGAAACACAGGGUGGUGGUCCGUAUGAGCCCAUGUACGCAUGCGUCGUGGUUUCGCUGCUGCAGAGCGUUCGCGUUCCGCGGUCGCGGAGGAAAGCCGACGCUGCCAAGGAAACACACAUGCAGACAUAAGGGAAUCCAGAUUUCAGCAUCGUCGUCCAUUCCCUUGACUUCGAUAAUUCAUCGGUAGUGAUGGUAGCGCGCAGUAACGCAUUUGACCUAGAGAUCUAUUCCACGCGUGAUGUCUAAAUAGCUGCCAAAUAAUACAGGCAACGAGAGGAGGUUUAAAAAAAAAAAAAAGUAAAGGGAAAGAUAAACAACCAGUGGUGAGUGUGUGUAGGGUGCAGCUGCCAUGCCGCUGGUUAAAAGAUGCAUCGAGCCCAGGCACCUGUGCCGUGGAGCCGUGCCGGACGGGGUCACCAGCGAGCUGGAGUGUGUCACUAACAGCACCCUGGCAGCCAUCAUCAAACAGCUGGGGGGACUGAGUCGACAUGCAGAGGACAUCUUCGGGGAGCUGUUCAACGAGGCCAACAGCUUCUACAUGAGAAUGAACAGCCUCCAGGAGAGAGUGGACCUGCUGGCUGUCAAAGUCACCCAGCUUGACUCCACUGUGGAGGAGGUUUCGCUGCAGGACAUCAACAUGAGGAAGGCCUUCAAGAGCUCCACCAUCCAGGACCAGCAGGUGGUGUCCAGGAACUCCAUCCUCAACCCUGUCAUGGAGAUGUACCAUCGCUGUGACAAACCUCCACCCCUCAACAUCCUCAGCCCCUACAGGGAUGACAAAAAGGAUGGCCUUAAGUUCUACACAGACCCGUCCUACUUCUUUAAUCUGUGGAAGGAGAAGAUGAUCCAAGCAACAGAAAACAAGCGGAAGGAGAAGAGGAAGCAGAAGGCGGGUGACAAGGAGCAGAAACAGGUGGAGGACCCCAGCCGGGAGGUGAAGAAGGUGAGGAAGGCCCGGAACCGUCGUCAGGAGUGGAACAUGAUGGCUUACGACAAGGAGUUCCGUCCAGACACCCGCCUCACGCCUUCACCCUACCAUGGCAUGUCCUCUGAGGGAUCCCUCUCUCCAGACAGGUCUGGUAUGUCUGAUGAACAGUCCUACCCUGCCAGCCCUAACCACCCACCCCAGGAGGGAGUUGUGCUAGGUCCUGAUGGGAAGGAGCACCUAACAGGCCCCAACCAGACCCAGUCUCUGGACCGGGCCUACCGCCCCCCUGCUGCUACUACCACUGCAGCUCAAGCCCGCCAGCAUUCCCUGGGCCGCAUGCAGCCCCACCACGGACCCACACCCGCAGACCCAUCCCUGAACGGACCCCGGCCCGCAGCUUCCAAAGAGGCCAGCGGUCACCAGAUGCCAGAGCACUUUAUCCCUCCGGCCCCGCCCCCACCUCCUCCCCUUAUCCCCUCAGCCCAGACGGCCUUUGACAGCAAAACAGGGCCUCCCACCCUGGCCCCUGGCACCGUGGCCACCCUGUCCCGCCCCUACAGCCCCUCGCCCCCUCCGCCCCCACCCGCUGGCUACGUCCCCUCUCCAUCUCACCCUGUCACUGGGGGACCUCCUGUUGCCCCUCCUCCACCCCCACCUGGUGGCCCCCCAACAUUUGCUCCCUCUCCAGCCCAUGCCAUACACCCCUCUGGGGGAACACUGCCAAGGAAGGGCAAGGUGCUAGGCAUCCCGAUAAGUGACGCACGCAGCGACCUGCUGUCAGCCAUCCGCAGAGGCAUCCAGCUGAGGAAGGUGCAGGAGCAGCGUGAGCAGGAAGCCAAGAAGGAGCCAGUGGGGAACGACGUGGCCACCAUCCUGUCCCGACGCAUCGCAGUGGAGUACAGCGAAUCCGAUGAGGACUCAGAGCCUGAGGAGAACGAGUGGUCAGACUGAGACGGAGCAGAGGGCUUAGGCUUACUUUACUUACCUACAGAGUGCUGCUAUUCCAAUAACAGGAAACACACACACACCACACACACACACACAGUCAACGCACACUACGUCUCGAUAGACCUCUUGUUAGAGAAAGUAGAUGAGAAAGUAGAUGAGGAUAUGCUUACACAGUAUGACAGUAUCCAUUAUCUAGUCAGAUAUGGGCUGAGAGGAAACCACAGUGGAUCUGGGGCUGGGGGGGGGGAUCUGUUGAAAGCAAGCACAGCAAGCUUAUACGUAUAUAUAUAUAUAAUAUGAUAUAGUAUAAUAUAUUACUUAUGGUCCAGUAUGAAAGUGUUUCUUUCAUGAGUCCUGAUAUUGUAGUUUGAAUAUUAUUCGUGGUUUCAGUUGCAUUUAGAUAUUCGAUGCAUCUCCUCCACCUGUACAUGAGCCACACCAACACCACAGAUGUUGUUUUCUAGGUGAAGAUGCUCUGGCAUUCUUUCAACUCAUCUAACUUAAUAAUGCACUUAAAUAUUUGUUAGUUGAAAAGUAUUAUUUCGAGUCAUCUUCUAUUCUGGCUGUGCUGUUUGCGAUAACUGUGCAUAUGAAGAUGAUGUCACAUCAAGUGUUAAUCAGGUGGGUGGAUACUUUUGGACAUAUGAUACUGUAGCUGUAACCGUAUCGUCAACACGGCUUUUUUGUUAUCUGAGGGACGUUCCUUUUUAUUUUGUCACUUUGUUCAAUUGUUUACAGUGUUGUGGUUGAGUAUUGAUACCCUAACUGGCAGUGUUUAACAUCAGUUGUCGUUUUUGGUUUACAUAAUUUGCUAAAGAUUUGCUGGUUGACUAAUGACUACUGUGUAAGACAGACCCUAACAUGGCAGUUAUUUAGGGGUUUAUUUUCUCUAUUGUACUUUGUGUGUGUGUGUGUGUGUGUGUGUGUGUGUGUGUGUGUGUGUGUGUGUGUGUGUGUGUGUGUGUGUGUGUGUGUGUGAGCGAAAGAGAAUAUCUCAAUGCCUUGCUGUUUCCUUCUUUUCUGACUCACUUAUUUUAUGUUGAAGGCCUGGAGAGAUAGUAUCUGAUUGCUGGUGGGCUUGUCGUCCAUUUUGACUAAUGUUCUACUGGAAGAGAUGAGCGAGGGUUCAUAGCAGUGUUUCGAACACUGUGUUCUAUUAAGUCAUGUGUUUGUACAACUACUGUGUUUUACAAUUCAUUGUUGUAUAGAUUUUUUGUAACACUGCGUGUGUAAAAUGAAUUUGGGUAUCUAGAUAUGAAAUGACUAUCACACUGAUCGAACCUGGAAAACAAAAGUGCAUGUAUGAGGAGGUAAUAAAAUGAAAAUAAGUGUUA